AUGUUGUCCAUGCUUGCAAGAAAGGCCGCUUCCAUACACAAUCAACGUUUCAUAGUGAAGUUGAGUGCAUUCAAUUUAUGCUGCAACUCUCUCACUACCGUUCCCAAUAAGGAUGAUGGUGCUUCUGCCAGAACACUAUCCGACCCACCUUCUGAGUAUAAUUCUAGUAGCAGCCUUCAUCUUUCGCCGUUUUUGUCCAACUUCAAUCACCCCUCGAGUGGAUUUGACAUUGAGCUUGUCGACCAUGAUGCUUGGGGGGUCUCGUCUGUGGUGGCACAAGCCUGGCGACAAGGGGAUUUGCCUGCAUCAGAAGAUAUUUCUUGUGGUCAGCAUGUCAUUGAUGAAUCCCUUGAUUCUCAUUCCACGGAUGUUGAUGGUGAACUUGAUUUUGAAGACAUAGACAACAUGAGAGUUUGUGGCAGUCUGUUCUAUAAGCUAGAGCGUAGUUCCAUGGAGUUUGAAGAGUAUAAUCUAGAGUUUCACAAGAAGAAAUCAUAG